AUGGAAAGUGGUGCUGUGGUGCAGUGUUUCAAAGCCACGGUCCACCCUCUGGAUGACAGCGGCAGAGGGGACGUAGGGAGAGGGGAAGAGAGGACUGCAGACCCGCGCCAUCCCGAGUCCCGUGGAAGGCUCCAAACUCCGGGCUGCGCUUGUCUCUCGCCCGCCUCCCCUCCCUCCCUCGCCUCCCCCGCCCCCUGCCGCUCGCACUCUGCUGCAGCGCGCUCUACACCUCAGUUGAGCAGGAGCACUGCACUGAGUCACAUCGUGCACACACAGUCUCAAGCCCAGUCUCCAGCACAGCCUCCUCCUGCAGUACAGAGCCUGUCCCGUGCACGGACCAGUGACUUACCGAGCGCCUCCACCUCUCUCACCGGGGAAUGGCAGCCACAACUACGGGCUCUCGUGGUACUUAAAGUGGCGUGCAAAGGACCUGCUGAGCGGGGGAUGCUGCGAGGAGUCCCUUCGCGUGUUUUGGGGGGACGUGUGGAGUUGGGUUCUUUGCGCAGUGUCAAUGCGGCUGCGGCUGUGAAGUGGAUCUAUCUGCACACAUUACAGAUUCAUGAUGCCCAUGUUGUUAAAAGAGGGCAGAUCGUGAUUGGCUGA